AUGAAGGUGCUGGUGGCCGUCCUGCUGGCCCUGCUGCCGUGCGGGCAGCAAGCCUCAGUUUCCUCUUCUGUGAAAUGGACAUCUGACGGCUACGGGCCACCGGCUGCUGUAAAGGGCCAGCACACAACCUCUAGUGUUGCUGGUAAGGACGAUGCCAGGCUGCACACAGGCAGAGGGCGGACACAGGAGGUCGAGGAUGAUGACGUGGACGCUGGACCUGAAGGCUAUGACGAGGACGACGACGAGGAGGACGACGAGGCCAGCAUGACUGCAGGCAGCAGAGGCACAGUGCAGCUGCGGUGCUACUCCUGCCAGUCCCUGCACAGGGAUGAGAGCUGCAGACAGAUGCAGAACUGCAUCCUCCCCAAGACCUGCAAAACCAUUGUCUCCCACUGGAAUACUGAGUCAGGUCCCCGGACCACCUACUCGGGGUGGUGUGCAGACACAUGUCAACCCAUCAGCAGGACGGUGGAUGGAUCCCUGACGACCAUAUCCUGCUGCCAGGCCAGCCUGUGCAACAUCCCGCCCUGGCAGGACCCCCAGGGAAGCGGGGCAGGUGGCCCCCAGGGUAGACCCUCAACUGUGGCCACCGCCCUCCUGUUCAGCCUUCUCGCCGGCCUUCAGGCAAUGGUGUUCUGA